AUGGGUUCUUUAAGAAAUGGAACAGAGAGAGGACUACUACAUGAAGAAGAAAAAGAAGAACCAAUAUUAAUGGAGCAAUCACAGAGGUUCUGUAUGUUUCCCAUUAGAUACCCACAAAUUUGGGAGAUGUACAAGAAGGCUCAAGCCAGUUUUUGGACCGCCGAGGAGAUCGAUCUUUUUCUUGAUUUCCAGCACUGGGAAACCUUAUCUGAAUCUGAGAAGCACUUUAAGGGGGGAAUGAUGCCAGGCCUGACAUUCUCAAAUGAGCUUAUUUCUAUAGAUGAGGGUCUCCGCUGCGACUUUGCUUGCCAACUGUACAGUUUACUACAGAAGCAGCUGCUAUAUAUGGCAAAAAUUUCAUCACAUUGUGCAUGA